GCUGGUGAGUGAGCUUGGGAAGCUUUAGAGUUGGUGGUGGGUGCGAGGCGGGUCCAGCCCUGGAUGACUGUAACGAGGACUGUGUAGUGCAACAUUUGGUGCAGUUUUGCAGAAACUCCAUUCCGUAUCGCUAGUGUGCACCGAACACGACCGGGAGGAGACGUGGAUAGAUCUGAGAAGCAGCCCUCAUGCAUCUCAGUGGUUAGGGGACGGGAAAGUUCAGUCGUUUUUUCUUAAUGUCUUGUGGAAGUAAAGCAGCUGUUUUGAAGAUUAGACUUUAAGGUUUUUGGUAAAUCUCUAAGAUUUUCCACAGAAGCAAUGUCUUUGGUUCCGGUAGCUCCCUAUAUAUAUACACCCUUGAAUCUACUUAAAGAAGGUACAAUUGUCCAUGUCUAUGGUGUUGUGAAAUUCUUUAAGCCUCCAUAUCUCAGCAAAGGAACAGAUUAUUGCUCAGUAGUAACAAUUGUGGACCAGACAAAUGUGAAGUUAACAUGCAUGCUCUUUAGUGGAAACUAUGAAGCCCUUCCAAUCAUUUAUAAAGUUGGAGACAUUGUUCGCUUUCACAGGCUGAAGAUCCAAGUCUAUAAAAAUGAGCUUCAGGGAAUCAACAGCUCUGGUUUUGCAUCUCUGACAUUUGAAGGAACUUUAGGGACUCCUGUCACAGCACGUACUUCAAGCAAACAGUUCAACUUCACUGCUGAGGACCAAAAAAUGGUAGAAGCCUUGCGGGUUUGGGCAUCCACACACAUGUCCGCUUCUUCAGCUCUGGUGCAGCUGUGUGAUGUUCAACCCAUGCAGUAUUAUGACCUGACUUGUCAGCUCCUGGGCAAAGCAGAAGUGGAUGGAACAGCCUUUCUUCUAAAGGUAUGGGACGGGACAAGGACGGUGUUUCCCUCUUGGAGAGUCUCCAUUCAAGAUCUUCCUUUUGAAGGUGAUUUAAAUCACAUUCUGCAGCUACAGAGUCUGGUGAUAGAUGUUCUGGUCUAUGAUAACCAUGUUCAAGUGGCAAAAUCCCUGAAGGUUGGAAGCUUUCUUAGAAUAUAUAGCCUCCAUACCAAACUUCAGUCUGUUAAUUCAGAGACCAACAGCUCAUCUUUAAGGUUGGAGUUUCAUCUCCAUGGAGGGACCAGUUAUGGUCGGGGAAUAAUGGUUUUCCCAGAAACUAGCUCUUGUGUGGAUCAGCUGAAAAAAGAUUUAAAAUGUGCAGAACUGGCAAUCAAUCAGCCCUCAAAUGGUAUCAGUCAAUCAGAGAAUGAGGACAGCUUUUCACUUUCAAACUCCGGCUCAGGAUCAGUAUCACUGUAUGAGGUAGAGCGAUGUCAACAAGUCUCUGCUACAAUACUUACAGAUCACCAAUAUUUAAAGAAAACACCAGUGUGUGCCAUUUUGAAGCAAAAGGCUCCUCAACAGUAUCGAAUCCGUGCAAAACUAAGAUCGUACAUGCCCAGAAGACUUUUCCAGGCUGUUAAACUUCUUUGUCCUCAAUGUCACUCGUUGCAAGAAGUUCCAUAUGAGGACAACUUGGAUAAAAUUUUGCAAGAUGCUACAACUAAAGCUCCAAAUAGCAAGCUGCAAGAUACAUCACUGUAUGACUCAAAAGUCUGGUCCACUGAAGGCCAAGGAGGACGGCAGGUCGCUGUUCACUUUGUGAAAAAUGGUGACAUUCUCCCUAUUUCAAGUGAAUGUCUAAUUUUGGUAGAAGGAGGAAGGCUCUGUGAAGUCUCUAAACUAUCAAGCAAGUUUCACAGUGUUAUUCCUGUGAGGUCCGGCCCUGAGGACCUGGAGCUGCUAGACCUUUCGGCACCAUUCCUCAUACAAGGAAAAGUGUAUCACUACGGAUGUAAACAGUGUUCAAGAUUGAAAUCUAUACAAAACCUAAAUUCCAUUGUUAAUAAAGGACUAUGGAUUCCUUCUACUGUGGCAAAAGUUCUGGGCAUUGUACCUCUACAGUAUGUGUUUGUUAUGACUUUCACUCUGGAUGAUGGAACAGGAGUACUGGACACUUACCUCAAGGAUUCUGAGAACUUUUUCAAGAUCCCAGCAUCGGAAGUCCUCACUGAUGAUGACCUUCAAAGAAGUCUAGAAACAAUCAUGAAUAUGAUGUGUCCUCCAGGAAUAAAAAUUGAUGCAUACCCAUGGCUGGAGUGCCUCAUCAAGUCCUACAGUGUCACUGUCGGAGCAGAGCAACGAAUUUGUUACCAGAUUUUUGAUACCACAGUUGGAGAAGACAUCGUCUAAUGCUGCCAUUCAGUGCAGUGUGUUUGGGAUUUUAUAAUUUUAGAAAAAAUUACAACUCUGAGAUUGUCAGAAGAUACUAUUGUCAAAUUCACUAAAUGACUAGUGUCAUUUUCAUUAUAGCUUAGUACUUUUGUACAGAGAAACACUUUAUUGUUAUUUAUGCCUUCUUGUGAACAUGUUAAAAAUGCCUUGUUGCUCAACAUGUCCAGGGAAGUACAGUAUGAGGCUAUAGCACUUGAGGACCAGGCUUUUGUGGCUCCUGUUUAUAAAACACUGGUGGCUACAUUUCAUUUGUCUACAGAAGAAUCCCCUUAUCGACCCGACCCUGCUGAAAGAAGUCUUGGGCUUCUAUGUACGAGUAUAUGGUUAGAUGGCUCCAACUGAAGAAAUGCUUAUCUGAGUGAGUCUCACUAUGCUAAAAGGAGUGUUUCUUCAAGUAGACAUGGCAGAAUUUUGUUUUGUUUUGUUUAGGUGCUGAUGUUGCUUAUAGGAUAAAUGUUUCUCUUUAAAACAAAUAGUAUAUCUGACUUCCUACUUCUCUUUGUAAACUAGAAGUUAUCCCAUUCAAUACCAGCUAAUAAAUUAUUGAAAUUUA